ACCCACCCACCUCCAAGCGCGAGAGUGCGCGCGCAAAAGAGAAAUGCAGCGCGAGCUUUAGAGUGGACAGCACGAAUAAGCACAUCCGCCGCCACGCGCACGGGGAAAAGACGCCAAAAAGCGAGCAGAUACUUCAGAAAGGGUCGUCUAGGAAAGACCACCGCCGACGAGGUUUGAGGCACCAUGGGAGGGAAACUGAGCAAGAAGAAGAAGGGAUACAAUGUGAAUGAUGACAAGGCAAAAGAGAAGGAUGCCAAAACAGAGGGAGCAUCAGCAGAGGAGAGCGAAGCUCCUAAAGACAACAAGGAGGAAGCACCUGUCGCCACGGAAACCACCGGGACAGCCAAUGACACGGCGGCAGACACGAAAGAAGCACCCGUUGCAGAUAGCAAUGCGACUGCACCCAAGGAAGAAGAGAAGAGCACCGCCUCAGUGGCCAAAGAGGAGAAAUCAGGUGCUAACGCCACGGCGACGUCUGAUGCUAAGAUUGCUGAGCCCAGCAAAGGGGAACCUGCCAAGAGCCCGGAAGCCCCACCCACCAAGGCUGAAGAAAAACCCUCCUCUGCUCCGGCAAGUGAGAAGGAGUCUGCAAAAGAGGCUACUCCUGCUCCGAAAGAGGCUGCCUUGGCAAAAGAUCCUGUCCCUGCUGCUGCAACAGAGAGCAAGGCAGACACCGAAGCUAAAAAGACUGAGGCUCCGCCCACCAAGGAGCCCGCCCCUGCAGAGCUUGUAACCACGGAGACCAGUUCUGCUCCCAGUAAGGAGCAGACAGUUGCUGCACAUGAUUAAUGGACACAGCGAAACAAAAACAGGAAACAUAAAUAACAAAAACAAAUAAAAUUAGUUAAACUAGCUCUGCCCCUUUCUAAAUUACAACAAGAAUAAUUGAUAAUCAUAAUAAUAAUACUGGCUUUGACAACAAGCAUAACUGAAAAAUCUCUGGUUUAUACUGAACAUGAUGAUAGUGAUGAUGAUGACUUUAUGAGUGAGGUGCAGAGUCAGUGAGGAUUAGUUAUUGACUAUAAUGAUGGUGAUGAACUUUUGAGUCUACCUUACAGUAGAUGGCGGAGAUUAUCAAGAGGUUUCAUUUAGACUGAUGAUGAUGAUGAUGAUGAUGAUUAAGAACUUGGUGCUGCUGAUUAUUGUUGUCACAGUUAUUAUUGUUAUUUAAUCUUUGAUACAAGUCUGAGUCCACCACCAGCUCCAAAAUCUAACUCUCUCUCUCUCUCUCUCUCUGUCUCUCUCACUCUCUCACUCUCCUUUCAUCCCUCCAGUGUGAUGGAAGGGUCAAAUGAAAAAGUGAAACUGGUUCUUUGCAGGCUACACACACAGUUCUCAUCUGUCUGCUGUAACAUCUUUCUCUUUUCGAGAUAAGUAUGAGUGUGUGUGCGUGUGUGUGUGUGUGUGUGUGUGUGGUGGUCUGGAAUUCUGUUGGAUAUAUUCUCUUUGCUGCUGUCUGGUUUGUGCUUGGUCAUUUGCAGUGCUUGACGUUGUGUCUUUGCAUCUAUUCUCUAGUCUUUCCUGAUUCUUCUCAGAUCAAUCUUCCCCAUAUUGAUGGUAUAAAAAUCAAUGUGUAUAGCACAAUGUAACAGACAUACAUACAGACAUACAUACACACACACCCACAGGGUGAGAGAGUCUGAAAGGUGUUAAUGCAUUACAGUGUAUGCGUGUAUUUUUCCAGUGUUGGUAAACAGUCUAUUAGUACGAUGUGUUGAAAUAUGUGUGCACGUGCGCACGUGUGUGUGUGUGUGUGUGUGUGCGUGCGUGCGUGAGUGAGUGUGUGUGUCUGUUUACAUGGUUAUGCAUGGGGACACUGACAAAGCAGUGGUUGAAACCAUGUCCAUGUGUGAAAGAGGAGACAGAGUAAAAGAGAGAAAGAAAGAAUGAUAAUGAGAGUGUGAGAGAGAGCAAGAGAGAGAACAACAUUGUAAGAGAGGCAGAAGCAAAAAUGCAAGACAGAUUCAGAAAGUAUAAGCUACAGAGCUACAUUCAUCAGACAAAACACAGCUCUCUCAGUGCAGUCUGAGAGUGCUUGUGUGUGUGAUAGUGUGUGUGUGUGUGAGAGUGUUGUAACUUCUUGCAUGUUGGUUGUUGAGUUGCCCUGUAGUGUAUUUUUGGUUGCUGUGGAAAUAAUGUUGUUACAGUUGAUAUUCUAAUAUUCUAUUCCAUUUUAACAAAUGCACGGUCACACCAACAGACUCUCUCUCUCUCUCUCUCUCUCUCUCUCUCUCUCUCUCUCUCUCUCUCUCGCUUUCUUUUUAAAUAUCCCUUGCAAAAAUGAGACAGAAAGCAAACUGGGUGAUUUGAGAUUAUAUGUUCUUGUAUAGAUGGAGCAACAGUAAUAAAAUGUAAGAAUCUGAUUGAAAUC